AUGAACGAUUGGACAUCAUUGAUCUAUGUGUUCUUUGAACCAGUACCAGAAAUUGAAUAUCAUGACAAGCACUGCUGCCAUAAAGAUGCAAAAUCAACCAGCAAUAGGCAAAAACAUGUCAAAAGCUGCUGGGGAGAUGCAGCCUUGCAAGCUGUAAUGGAAUCUGGCAACACUGCUGCUGCACAAGAUGGUCUUACUGGUCAUUACAUAUUAUUACUUCACACCCUGUCAAUCAAAACAUCACUUGAACAAAAAGGAAAAGGGAAGGUUAUGUACUCUCAUUGUCAACACACAUGUUCAGAAACAAGUCUACAGCCAUUUGAAACUGUCAAUGAUCGAGGAUUUCAGAACCCAAUGAAGACAGGAUGCCCAGAAUAUUACAUACCUUCACCAUCAACAAUCACACGUGAUGUCAAACAAAAUUAUGACAGUGAGUUGAAUUUUGCCACAGAUACCUGGACAUCGCCCAACCAUAGGGCAUAUGUAGCUAUAUCUGUGCAUCUACAGCAUGAAGGUCAGCCAUUGUCAAUAAUACUUGACAUCGUUGAGGUUGUGUUACAGUAA